AUGGUUGACGUGAUAAAUUCAAACACGGACAACCAGCGCGUCAUCAUCCACGUGAAGGACGUGAACGACGAGCCGCCGUACUUCAUCAACCGGCCGCUGCCCAUGCAGGCGGUGGUGCAGCUGAACGCGCCGCCCAACACGCCCGUCUUCACGCUGCAGGCGCGCGACCCCGACACUGACCACAACAUCCACUACUUCAUCGUGCGCGACAGGACGGGCGGACGCUUCGAGGUGGACGAGCGGUCGGGCGUGGUGCGAACGCGCGGCACCGACCCCUUCCAGCUGGACAUGGAGUACGUGCUGUACGUGAAGGCCGAGGACCAGAACGGGCGCGUGGACGAGCGCCGCUUCCAGUCCACGCCCGAGGAGCGCCUCUCCAUCGUGGGCGGCAAGCGCGCGCCGCAGUUCUACAUGCCCAGCUACGAGGCCGAGAUCCCCGAGAACCAGAAGAAGGACUCCGACAUCAUCUCCGUGAAGGCCAAGUCGUUCGCCGACCGCGAGAUCCGCUACACUUUGAAGGCGCAGGGCCAAGGCGCUGGCACCUUCAACAUCGGGCCCACGUCUGGCAUCGUGAAGCUGGCCAAGGAGCUGGACUUCGAGGACCUGCGCCAGCCGCAUGUCUACUCGCUCAUCGUCACCGCCACCGAGGAUUCCGGCGGCUUCUCCACUUCCGUCGAGCUGACUAUCCGCGUGACGGACGUGAACGACAACGCGCCCAAGUUCGAGCUGCCGGACUACCAGUCGCACAACGUGGACGAGGACAUCCCGCUGGGCACGAGCGUGCUGCGCGUCAAGGCGACGGACGCUGACAGCGGCGCCAACGCAGAGAUCGAGUACCUCGUCUCCGACGACCACUUCAGCGUGGACGCGGCCGGCGUCAUCUCCAACAACAAGCAACUCGACGCCGACAACAACAACGCCUAUUACGAGUUCGUCGUCACGGCCAAGGACAAAGGCGAACCAUCAAAGACUGGUACAGCUACAGUUCGCAUCUAUACAAAAAAUAAAAACGAUGAAGAACCAAAGUUCUCUCAACAGGUGUACACACCUAAUGUGGAUGAAAAUGCUGGACCAAAUACUUUAGUGACAACUGUGGUAGCUUCAGACAAAGACGGUGAUAAUGUUAGAUUUGGAUUUGUGGGUGGGGGAACAUCAUCUGGUCAGUUUGUGAUUGAAGAAAUUACUGGUGUAAUUCGACUUCAUGGCAAAGCAAUCACACUGGAUCGGGACAAAUAUGAAUUGAAUGUGACUGCUAUGGAUGAUGGUGCAUGCUGCAUGAAUGGAGAUACGACAAUUCACACAAGCACAGCUGUAGUUGUUGUGUUCAUUACUGAUGUAAAUGACAACAAGCCAGUUUUCAAGGAAUGUAGUACUUAUUAUCCAAAAGUGGAGGAAGGUGCUCCAAAUGGAAGUCCAGUUAUUAAAGUGCAUGCUACAGAUGAGGACAAAGGUGUAAAUGGUCAGGUUAAGUAUUCUAUUGUUCAGCAACCAAAUCAGAAAGGUACAAAGUUCACUGUAGAUGAAGAAACUGGCGAAGUUUCCACCAACAAGGUGUUUGACCGAGAAGGAGACGAUGGUAAAUUUGUAUCUGUGACUGUGAAAGCAACUGAUCAAGGAGAACCUUCUCUAGAAGGUGUCUGUUCAUUUACAGUAGAAAUUACAGAUGUGAAUGACAAUCCACCUCUGUUUGACCGUCAGAAAUAUGUGGAGAAUGUCAAGCAAGAUGCCAGUAUUGGCACUAAUAUAUUGCGUGUGUCAGCUUCUGAUGAAGAUGCUGAUAAUAAUGGAGCUAUUGUGUACUCUCUGAGUGCUCCAUACAAUCCAUCAGAUCUUGAAUAUUUUGAGAUUCAGCAGGAAUCAGGAUGGAUUGUUUUGCGAAAACCCCUGGAUCGAGAAAGGUACCGCCUACGUGUCCGAGCAUCGGACAGGGGCGUGCCCCCCUCCUACGCAGAUGUGGACGUUGAAUUAGACGUCGUAGACAGGAACAAUAAGCCACCUCUGUGGGACGUGAGUGUAUACGGCCCCAUUCACAUCAAAGAAAAUGUCACAGUUGGUACAGUAGUGACUUCAGUCAAAGCCAGGUUUCGAGAAACAUACAAGUUGGAGGCGAUGGCGCAAGAUAAAGGCUACCCUCCCUUGUCCCGAACCGUGGAAGUUCAAAUUGAUGUUGUGGACCGGGCGAACAAUCCUCCUGUGUGGGACCAUGUGGUCUACGGACCAAUCUACAUUAAAGAGAAUUUGCCGGUGGGGGCAAAAGUUGUGUCGGUUAAAGCCAGCUCGGGGAUCGAGGGCAACCCAACUGUGUUCUACCGGCUCAUGCCUGGGUCAACGGCGCAGACAAACAAGUUUCAUACAUUCUACCUCCAGCAACGUGCAGAUAAUGGAUUUACAUGGGCAGAUAUUAAAGUAAAUCAUCCACUUGAUUACGAGACGAUCAAGGAAUACAACCUGACAAUACGAGUAGAGAACAAUGGAGCACAACAGCUGGCCUCUGAGGCUACUGUGUACAUCAUGCUGGAGGAUGUGAAUGAUGAGAUUCCCCUCUUCACUGAGCGUGAACAGGAGACUGUGCUGGAAGGCGAGCCCAUUGGCACUAAAGUUACCCAGGUCAAUGCCAUUGACAAGGAUGGAACCUUCCCCAACAACCAAGUGAGUACCAUUUGCUUUGGCAUGUUAUCUAGUUGA